UUAUUUGUCAAAGUUCCUGUUUUGUUUGGAUCAUAAUCCACUUUUCAAUCUUUCUUUUUUUUUUUUUUUAAAUUAUCUGGAUUCUAGUUUCCGUUUAUGUGCUAAAUAUUUUGCUACUCUUGAAUUUAGAAUUGACUGUGAUUCAAUGAUAGUUCAUGACUUUUAAUGUGUAAUUUUAUUUUUAUUUUUAUUUAUUUAUUUUGGUCUUUUUAGGCUUAUUCUAGCUACCCUUAGUAACUUCAUGAUGGUAGCUUUUCCCCAUCAUUAAUUGGCACCUACAAAGCAGUGAGGUGGGGGCACCUUUUUUCUUUUUUUCAAUAAUUUUCAUGUCCAUUUUUCUCACAAAUCAAAACCACAUGUCACCCUUUUUUUUUCAUCUUCUUAUGUUUUUAAUUUCAGAAAAGUUCUUUUAAUAAUGCAUGUCACAUUAAAUGCUGCUGCCAUGGCCUUCUCUGGGUCUUUAAUGUUCUUUACCUUCAUUUUAUUUUGUUUGUAUUCAUAUCUUUUGAGAGGGACCCCAAAUAUGGUUGUUUUCAAGCCAUUAAUUUCUUUUUUCUAUACCCUUCCAUGCGCAUAGAAGAUUAAAGAUCCUUUUAUGCCAAAUUUAUUGCCUAUAACGACUUCUUUGUCAGUACUCCAUUCUUUCUGGUUUAUGAGAUUUUAAUUAUAGGCUAUUAUUGCUCAAUACUCAAGCAAGUUAGCUAGAUUAUUUGGAAAAUCUAGUGGUCCCAGUGGGAAACUCAAAGUAAUAUUCCAUGAUUUUCCGGGGGGUGCUGAGGGUUUUGAGCUUAUGCUAAAAUUUUGUUACAACAAUGGAAGCAUUGACAUGAACUCUUCCAAUUUGUUACAAGCACAUUGUGCUGCUGAGUACAUGGAAAUGAAGGAUUCUGUUCUUGGUGUUCCUAAUUUGUUGGAACAAACAGAGAAGUCACUUGAAGAAAUAAGCUAUUGGAGAUGGUCUGAACUUUUGGUUGCUUUGAAACAGUGCCAGAAUCUAUCAACUGUGUUGGAUUACUAUUCUAAUUCAAUGAUGCUGGAGAAGUGUAUGGACACCAUUGUUGGGAGAAUGUUUCUUGCUAGUGAAGCAAGCCCAUGCCCUUCAACUUGCUCAACUGAUAGUUCUUCCGGUGGGGUCCGGUUUUCGUGUGAUUCGAAGAGUACUGAGAGUAUCAAGACGAGUAGCUUCAGUUCGCGUCCGUGUUGGUGGUUUGAGGAUCUUGUUUUCUUGAAUCCGGUUUUGGUUGAAAUGUUGGUGAGGUCAAUGAUCACAAGAAAAUUGGAACAUGGUUUGAUUAGUAGGUUUCUAAUGUAUUAUCAAAAAGCAAGAUUUUCAAGUACUAUUGAUGUGAGUGAGAAGAUUAAGAUCUUGGAAAUGGUCAUAGAUAUGCAUUAUGAUAUGGAGUACUACCAUAAUUGUUCAAUCCCUUUUAAGACCUUGUUUGGGAUUCUAAGAAUUAGUUUGAGUUUGAACAUAAGCAAAAGUUGUAGGCACAAGUUGGAGGCCAUGAUUGGUUCCAAUUUGGAUCAAGCAACUUUGGACAAUUUGCUUGUUCCAUCACCAUAUGGAAUAAGUUACUUGUAUGAUGUGAAACUUGUUCUCAAGUUUCUAAAGGCGUUCUUGCGACGCGGCGGCGGCGUUGUUGCUCCCAUUAGGAUGAAGAAAGUUGCAAGCUUGAUAGAUUUGUACAUAGCAGAGAUAGCACCUGAUCCUUCUUUAAGGCCUUCUAAGUUCUUGGCUCUUGCCACUGCAAUUCCAGAUUCUGCAAGAGAUUCUUAUGAUGAGCUCUACCAUGCCAUGGACAUGUACCUUGAGGUUCAUGGUCAAUUGUCAGAAGAAGAAAAGGUGAAGAUAUGUUGUGGAUUAAACUAUGAUAAGCUUUCACCUCAAGCUUGCAUACACCUUUCUCAGAACACAAAAUUCCCAUCAAAAUCAGCAGUUCAGGCUCUCAUAUCACAACAAUCAAAGCUCAAAAACUUGAUCCAAUCUACUCCAGCUACAUCACCAUUACUCAAUGGCUCAUCACCACCUUUCUGCUUUACAAAUGUUAAUGCACAAAAGGGAAACAAAGACAAAAGCAAUGACCAAGUUGUGUUGUAUUCUUCUACUGGAGACUUUGAUGCUUCAUCUGAUAACGAGAGACUCAAAGCACAUUUGCAAGGAAUGCAAUGGAGGGUUAUGGAAUUAGAGAAAAUCUGUAAGAAAAUGCAAACUCAGAUGGCAAAGAUCACAAAAUCAAAAGUACCACCCAAUAGUUAUGCAAGAUCUUUGCCUAAGCUCUGUUCAUGAUAUGUUAUUUUUAUUUAUUUAUUUUAUUUUUAUUUUCCCUUGUAUUUCUUCAUAUCUGUAUAGCACCCAAAUGAAGUUGAUUGAGUAAGAAAAAAGAUAUUGGUUGUACAUACAAUCAAGAAAUAAUGAAAAAAAAAAACUAUAUAUAUAUUGCAAAGAA